UGGAGCAGGAAGCAGGAAACGGAGAGCCUGGCAGUGACAGCGCUGCCCGGGAUCAGCUUGGCGCAGUCAGUGUGUGAGAAGAAAGUGAAGCCUCUCUGGUAUAACAGUCGCUUUUAGCGGAAGGUCGCACUAGUCGUAGGAUCAGGACUUCCAUCAUGCCCUCCUCUGAUGUCCUUCCGCUGGAGAAUGCUGGUCUACGUGGGGCAAAGCAGCUAUCUCAGCCUCGACGUAGACUGGCUUUGACAUUGCCUGUUUCUGAUUGGUUAAACACUGCUUUUCGGUCUAAUGUGGAAUCUAGUGAACCUAAGAAUACAAUGCUUCAUCCUUCCUGGGAAAAAGCAUCCCCAAACCUAACUACGACCACUAACUCUAUUUUGUCCAGUGAUGUCAGCCUGUGCUCUCAAACCAUGCUAUCAUCAAAAGUGUCCCUGACCUGUAAUACCCUUCUGAAUAGUGGCCUUUCUCUAAGUUCACAUACACCUGUAGACACUAAAUUGUCUUUAUCCACUUCAUCCUUUAACCUGUUAGGCUCACCUCUGACCUCUUCAAGCGUGCAGACAUCAAAUAUUUGUCUAACAUCAGAUGUUGCUUGCUCUGAACAUACCAACCUCUCAUCUUCUCCUAAACAUGCAGUAACCUCCCUCUCUGCCUUGCCUUCCGGUGCCUUACUUUCCAGUGCUGCUGUGAACCAUAAUGCUUCUUUGACUACAAAGGUUGAAACAGCUAAUAUUUCAUUGCCCCUUAAACAAGCAGCAUCCUCUGUCUCUUCUUUGCCUACUAAUGUGCCUGCGCAUCUUAUCUCUUCUUCGACCCCUAACGUUGAAAUCUCUAAUGUUGCCAUACUUUCUCCAAACUCAAUUGUGAAAUCUAAUGAGCACCAGUACUGUGAGAUAUUCCCCAGCAGGAGAACAACCAAGUUACCAAUUCACCAAAGCGUUACUUCAAACCUGCUGCCAACUUUGGUUGUUGACAAGGAAAAGGAAUCUGAAUUACAGGAAGAGCUGAUGAUGCAAGACAGUGUGCCAUUACCUAAAUCUCAGGCACAAGAAUUGCAGUCUGGUGAAACGGCCACUUCAGAUUUCCAGCUUACCUCGGAAACGAUGUCAUCUCGACUUGUCCCAUCUGCUGACUCUCCACAGGAAGUACUACAAAUUGGGGGGAAGGUAUCUGAUACUCAAGAUGACCAAAAAUCAGAGACUUUACUGAAGCAGAAAAAGAUGGCUUUAGUUUCUGCUGUUUGCUGCUCACUGGUGAAUUCGCCUAAAUUUUCGGAUCCUGCAGACUUGACCCGUUCUGACAUUCUGUCUUUGUGUAGAGACCUAGCAGAUUUGGAUCCGGAGUUUGUGCUAAAGGUUGCUCUUUACACUCGCCAGGAGCUCAAUAUUCGCACUACUGCUAAUUUUUUACUGGCUGUGUGUGCACUACUGCCUGCUUGUCGUCCACACCUGCGCAGAUACCUGUGCCCGUCUGUCCAGCUACCAAGUGACUGGAUGGAGGUACCACGCUUUUAUCAGAGCCUGGCAGGAACGGGAGAUAAACUGGCUCCACUGCCAUCCUGCCUCCGUACAGCAUUGACCCUCAAGUUCAAAGAGUUUAGUGAAUAUCAGCUUGCAAAGUACAAUACUCGUAGACAGCGUGGGAAACAUGCUUCCCAGAAAAAGAGAGAGAAGAAAACAAGAACUUGCAGAGUUGCGAUUUUUGGAAAAACGUUAAGAACUUUGGAGCCUUCAUUAAAGCUUCUGCAGGAAGAGUUUGAUUCUUCCACUUCUGUUGCCACUGGCAAGAAGGCAAAAGACGAGUUCUCCAUGAAGAGUUUGAUUCAGAGAUUACAUAUCUCCAAACCAGCAAAUCAUGUCAUGAGUCUGCUUGGCUGCAGGUAUCCCAAAGACCUGCGUUCCUUUUCCCGUAGUGGUCUUGAGGGUCCUUGGCAAUCCCACCUGUCAAGCCAUAGAAUGAAACUGAAGCAGCCAGAGACAUGGGAAAGGGAAUUGAGCCAGAAAGGCAACACAGGCCCUGUGUGGGAGAGUUUGCUUGACAACCAUAAAGUUCCUUUCAUGGCUUUACUGAGGAACCUGAGGAAUUUGAUCAGAGCAGGUAUUAGUGAGAAACAUCACAGGGAAGUGAAUGCACGUUUGUCCAACCAGAACGCUGUGAUCAAAAGCCGACUCUUCCCAUUCCGUUUUCUCUCUGCUUACAAAGUAAUUCACGAUCUCGAGUCUGCGCGACAGAAAGCUGGGCAGCCAUUCCCCUCCAAUGCUGAUCUCCUCCAGCGUAUAUUUCGGCGGCAAAGCAAGAAAAUUCCACAGUUGGCUCGAAAACGUUUAACUCGGAGUCAGCUGAGAGCAUGCCUGGGUGUGUCCGCUAUCCAUCAGCUGCUAAAAAUAGAGAAAAAGGCUCUGAGAAAAGCAAGGUCAAUAAAGUUGGAUGAAGAUGUCUUGAAGAGGUAUAAGAAAUCUCUGGAGGAAGCUAUUCAGAUUUCAGCAAGACACAACAUCCCACCUAUACCUGGUCGUACAGUAAUCCUAUUCCGUGUUUCGUGUGCCAUGUAUGCAUCAUGCCAUGGAGCAGAACAGCUAACUGUUUCUACGGAUUCAGAUGAUAGUGGUAGAAGACAACCACCUACACUCCUGGAAGUGGGCUUGCUGCUGAGCCUCAUGGUGAGAGACACUGCAGAAAGUGCCCAGCUUGUGUUAUGCACAGACAAUGCCUUUGCCCUGGCUAAUCACUCUUCCGGUCCUCUCUUUCAAUGUGUGGCAGAGAUUAAGCAACAAGCUGAGGAAGUACUUAACAGCUCAAUCAUGCCCUUCGAGGAAAGGAAUCCCAUAGCAGAGUACCUCUUAGAGCUGCUUAUGAAACGAACAAAGGUAGAUACCUUUCUGAUUUUUGGGGACGGUCCUUUAAAUGAAGAGUUUCAGAAUGUGUUGAAGCAUUACCGACGAGUGGUAAAUGCAGAGUGUCUUUGUGUGACUGUUCUGCCCAAUGGCUCCACAAGUGAGGACUCCCUUGAGCAGUGUAAUGAUGUCACACUCUGUGGUUUUACAGAACAGGUGUUGAAGUUUGUAUCGGAGAGGGGAACUUCUCGUCUCUUGGAUCACGUGGAGAAGGUGAAUGAAAGAUUCAAUGUUCCAGAAGAUCCAGAGAGUGUUAAGAGAAGACAAGUGAUAACUAGCAAUCUACUUGCCAUCAGUCCCAAGCAGAGGUGGCGUAGUGUUCGCGUUUUUAUUUCCUCAACAUUCCGUGACAUGCACUCAGAAAGAGAUAUCCUGAUUGGACAGGUGAUGCCACAACUCCGCCUACGUGCUGCAUGUCACUUUCUGUCUCUGGAGGAAGUCGAUUUGCGGUGGGGAAUUACUGAAGAGGAAGCAAAACAAGACAGGCAGUUGUCUCUGUGUUUAUCUGAAGUACUUCGUAGUCAAAUCUUUAUUGGAAUACUGGGAGAAAGAUACGGACAUGUCCCCAAAUCUUACUCUGUUCCUCUCCUUCCUGAGUAUCAGUGGAUUCAGAAGUAUCCUGCCGGACGAUCCAUCACAGAGUUGGAAGCCAUGCAAUUUUUGCAGAACUGUGACAUCAGUAAACCGGGUCAUCCAAAGGCCUUCUUCUACUUCCGUGAUCCAGAAGUUAUAAGGUCAGUGCCCAGUCAUUGGCUGUCAGAUUUUGCUGCGGAGUCCCAAGAAGCAGCAAAACAUUUAUUGGCCCUAAAGAGCGGAGUGGCUAAGCACCCAGCUGCUAGAAGCUACCUGUACUCGUGCCAGUGGGGUGGUGAGCAUGAUGGGAAGCCACAUAUCACUGCAUUAGAGGAAUUUGGAGCUAGAGUUUUAGAAGAUAUCUGGCAAGCAAUUGAGAGUCAUUUUAUUAAGGAAGGGUUAAAUGAAUCUGAAGAUGAUGAAGACCAACGUGCACAGGAAGGCUUUCAGGAAUGGCAUGAGCGACAUUCCUUUGCCAGAAAAAAGCUAGUCACAAAUGUGCGUGCGCAGAUAGUGGAAAAGAGGCAGGCAUCAAAAGCCAAUGGGCGUUUUAUUCUGCUGGUUGGGGAGCCAAGUCAAGGAAAAACGGUCUUUAUGGCAGACCUUGUGAAGGAACUGAGACUGGUAGCUCCAUCCUCUGUCAUCUACCACUUUACUGGGGCCAGUACAAAGGCAAAAGAAGCAGAGACUAUGCUAACCAGUCUCUGCAAACAGCUAAGGCAGCGCCUGCAGAAAGAGAGCUGUAGCCUUACCUCAUACAGGGCCCUUCUAGCUGAGUUCCAGGCUCUGCUUCUGUUAACGUCUCGUUCUUUGAAGUGGAGUGACACAUUGACACUGGUAAUAGAUGGGGCCGAUGUCCUAUGUGGACAUGCAGGGGAGCUCACAUCUGAUUGGAUUCCCAAAACAAUCCCUCAGAGAGUGAACUUGGUUCUAAGUGUGACUGAGGGCUCCUCUCUCUGCUGCUCAUUGAGCAAGCAUAAGGACAUCAUACUCAUCCCCUUAGGGAGACUGGAACCAAGUGAACGGGCCGAGCUGGUGAGAGGGAAGCUUGCAGUGUAUGGGAAAAAGUUGGAGGAGACUGCUUUCAAUAACCAGAUGCGACUCCUGAUGAUAAAAAAGGGUACGCGUGACCCUCUGUAUCUAACUCUGGCCUGUGAAGAGUUGCGUGCUAAUGCUGUUUUUGAGCAGCUCUCUGAUGAUAUACAGCAGCUGCCAGCCACGCUUCCACCGCUUAUUCAGAAAAGGCUAGUUAGCUUGGAAGAAGAACAUGGAAGAACCAAUGUGACCAUUGCUCUGGCUGCCAUCUGCAUCUCACGGAAAGGACUUUUGGAGAGAGACUUACUCAGGAUUCUGAGCUCACUGCAGCACAUUAGGUCUGUGUACACAGCGAGCUGGGGUGAAAUGCUGGCAGCAGCCACCUGUGCAGAAAAUCUUCCCAUGGCCACUUUCUCUCUGCUCCUCGGUGGACUAAGAAGUAUUCUUGGCCUCUGGAGUCGUAACUUCACUACUGAGCCCCGCCUGCAUCUCUCUAGUUGUCUUUUGCGAGAGGCUGUGGAGAAGCGGUAUUUAGUAAAACCUGAGGUUGUCCAUGCUGUGCAUCUGCUCAUGGCUGCUCACUUCUGGACUGUAUCCUCUCCUGAAGACCCAGACUCUUCACCUGCUCUUCAUGCUGAGAGUCUGAGUGAGCUUUCCCAUCAUCUGCUAUGUGGCAUGCAGUUAUCCACUCUGGGACGGCUCCUGGUACACCUUCCUUUUCUACGGGCACAUGCGAUCCUGGGUCUCUUGCCACACCUGUGCCAGGUUUACAGCAGUUAUGCAACAGUCCUGCCUGAGAAGACUUCAUUGACCCCUGCAUCUUCGGAACAGAAUGAGUUUAAUCAACAGCCACAAGAAUCGCCAUUAAGGGUAUUCAGGGAGUUUAUUGAGAGAUCAUUGCACAUUCUCUCCCAGAAUCCUUCCCUGUUUUAUCAGCUGGCCCUGAAUGAGCCUGACUGUUCACCAGUAUGCAACCAGGCACAAGAGAUUUUGGCUGACUGGAAGAGUACAGAAGCCCAGCUAAUCACAGCAUGGAACAAUAAACCAGACUCCAUAAAUGUUUGCUCAAGCAAAUCACUGGAUGUACCUUCUAUUCCGGGAUGUGUUGGCCUGAGUUCUAAGGGUGACUUGGCAGUUGUGGGCACCAGUGAUGGCUCCUUGCAUAUUCUCCAUACUGACAGUGGGGAGGAAGUAAGAAUGCUGCACAGUAGCUGCGAUGGAGUCUCUUCCUGUGCAUUUGUGUCAGAAGCAUUACUCUGCAUUGGUUCAUAUGAUGGAACACUGGAGAUCUGGAACAUAGCUGAUGGGUAUCGCAUACAGAGAAUUGAGGCUCACAAGCGGCAGGUCACAGGAUGCAGCAUUAGUCCUGACCACAGGCAGCUUCUCACCUGUUCUCUGGACUUUCAAAUCAAGUUGUGGGACACAAGACGCUGUUGUCUCUUAGGCUCCAGUUCCUUCUCCAGCCCGCUGAACUGCGUAGCAUUUCACCCUAGAAGUCCUGUUGCUGCAGUGGGGUCUUGGGAUGGAAAUAUAUCUGUGAUACUACUGGAUAACUGGAAAAGAAGUGCCGUUCUCUGUUGUUCCUCGUCUGUGAGAACAAUGUCCUUCUCCUUGGAGGGCAAUGUAGUUGUCGCAGGUAGUCUUGAUGGCUGGGUCUCACUGUGGUCAUGGGAAUCACAAGUUCUCCUGUCUCGUUUUCGAGCUCACAGUGGCUCCACUCUGACUGCUAACUUUCUGCGUCAUGGAGAAUACAUUCUUACUGGAGGAGAGGAUGGCAAAGUGCAGGUGUCAUCUGGUGGUCUUGGGAGGCUGCAUGGGCAAGGGUGUGUGAAGGCUGCUUCGUCUCCAGCACUCUCUCUAGCUGUUUCCCCUAAUAGACUGCUGUUGGCAGUUGGGUAUCAUUCAGAUUCUGUUGGUGUCUACAGCGUGAAUACUGGUGAUCUGGUGUCACAGUGUAGUUUUGCGGAUGUGGCGGUGGGUAGCCUUGUGUGGCUCUCUGAUAAUAAGCUGCUCACCGGGAGCUCUGACAGCUUGAUUCGUGUCUGGAAUAUCUCAUCAGAACAGUCUGUUUGCCAGCUCACUCUCCGUACACACCAGCGCCUUGUUUAUGCCUUGGCCCUAUCCUCCCAGCUUCUGGCCUCUGCAUCCGAGGAUGUUACCAUCUGUCUGUGGUCAGUGGGAAGUCUGUUGAUGGCUGAUGAAUCGGUUAACCCCGUCUCUAUUCUGCGAGAACACACAGCAGCCGUUACAUGUUGUGCUUUUAGCCCAGAUGGCACACUGCUGGCUACUGGUGGUCAAGACCGGUCUGUGCUUUGUUGGGACGUCUCUGUGAACCCUCCUAUUCUCGUACACACUCUACUAUCGUGUCACAAAGACUGGGUGACUUGCUGUACAUGGACUGACAGCAACAUGUUGAUCUCCUCUGCAGGAGAUGGAUCUGUAUGUCUCUGGGAUAUUCAGCGCAGAGAGCAGCUUUUGACGUUUGCGGGACAUCAGAGUGCAGUCAGCAGUGCUAUAUGUAUGGGGGAACGUGUGAUCACCACUGGCAGGGAUGGCUGUCUUAAAGUGUGGAGCCUUACUGGUGUAGAGAUUGCAAGCAUUCCAACACAUCACAACCAGAUAAACCAGAGUGCUGCAUACUGGGAGCCAGAAGAUAGCCGGGAUGAUGCUGACCUAGUGGUAUAUACAGCUGGAUCUGAUGCCACAGUGUUAAAGUGGAGCCCUCUACAGAUGGAGCAUAUACAGACAUUAUGUGGCCAUGGAGGUGCGGUUACCUCAUCAGCAGCAGACUUCAAAUGUGAGAUCACAGUGACAGCAGCCCACGAUGGCUCAGUACGUUUGUGGGGAGUACCUUGCAGAGAUGAACGUCUGUCAGGAUCUCGUCACUUGGGCGCAGUGUCUGCAGUUGCAUGGUCCCUGGAUGGAGAGCUGCUGGUAUCAGGUGGAGAGUUGGGGGAUGUGAUAGUGUGGAAACAACAGAAAGCUGUACUGACUCUGCAGUGUGGUGAACUUUGCAUUUCUUCAAUUGUUUUCACUACUAAACGUUCGUUUUGCUCCGUGUCCAACGAUCUGACUAUUUCACGCUGGCUCCUGUUUCCUUGUAAAGGAGGUGGUUUAAGAGGAAAAAGGGCUUACAGUGUGGAGUUGGAGUCAUUGGUAGUGGGUGCAGCGCUCAACUCCUCACAGAAGGUGGAAGUACGCACAAUGUCUGGGAAAGUAUUCUUACUUGAUCCCAAGACUGGAUCUCUGCAGGAUGUGAAUCCUGAAUUUGUCCCACUGCCAGAUCCUGAUUUCCACCCUCCAGUAGAACAGUUGGAUCCUGGCAACAUCAUAACUGCAUCCCAGCAGGAUUUCGGUGUGUGUGACUCCAGUGGGGCGCUGUGGCUUAAAACACAACAGUCCAAAGAAAGUGAAGCUGGCAACUGGCAGCGUACACAGAUUCACUCUGCUUCUAUUACUUGCCUCAAUGUGAUGAAUGAUCUUGUGAUCACGGCAUCCACUGACCGUAGUGUGAAGAUUUGGAAGUGUGACCCUCUCAGACAGGUGGGAGUCUUCCACUGUGAGGGAGCAGUUACCUGCCUAUCACCCUCUCCUACAGCGCACAGUGAUAACUCAUCGGUGAUAUGCCAGAUAGCCUGUGGGGAUCAGUAUGGCAAUGUGUAUUUGCUGACUUGCUUUCAGGCUUAACACUGUAAAAACAUGGAAUAAAACAAUCUAAUUGUAUUGUAUUGUAUGGUACGGGUCAGUUUUACACAAAUUGUUAAAUCUCUAAUAAAUUAAACUUGCAAUGUUCUAA